CGCCUUCUUUACCGCCACGACGUGCAAAUGCAGAGCACGCUUUUCCCCUGCGGAUGACGGCUACGAGUGCUGAUGAAUAUCCCUUAUACGAGCAAUCAGAGGUCGACCUUGCAAGUGAUAGUCACGAAGAUGACGCGGUCUCAAACAAAGGCAGAGUGAGACGCCGCGGUCAGACCACAGGAAGCAGAAGGAGGAGUGCUACAAGGGAUACAUCUCAAUCGCCUCCUCCAUACAGACCGAAUCGGUGGACGGGAUCGGACGAGAGAUGGCGACACCUAACCCUGCCCGAGCGGAAACUGAUCGAACAGCUAGACGAGUUGGAGAAUAGAGAUUGGUCUUUGGGUCUAUACAAAGCACACCUCAUCAAAGAGAGGAGGAAAAUACGCUUAGAAAAUGAUCAGGAGUUUAGGACAAAAAAUAGGCAGGCCGAUUGGACAGCAUGGCCUUUGGAUCCUGAAGAAGUGGCCCGGCUGGAUAGUCACAUAGAAUACACCCUUCGCAAACGAAGAGAUUCAAGUUCAUCAUCACAUCAACCUCAGACCGACCUAAAAAGAACUGCGUAUAUCGAUCUGAAUGGACGACGACGCAACGCUGCCCCAGAUCCUAAUUACUCUGAAAGUCUCUCGGACGAGGAUAGUAUUUCUGAUCCUCCCAGUAUCGCCGAUAGUACAGAAAUCAUUGCGUCAUAUAAACCCCAUGUUUUCAAAGCGGAGACCGAUUUUCGCGAGAGCGCAUCUCUAGAAGAAGCUGUGAUUGCACAAAUGAUGAAAGCUGCCAAGGAAAGGUUCUGGAAAAGACAGUCAGCACCAGAUUUUCAAUCAGCGGGUUAUACUGUGUCGGCUGAUGAUGAGAUGGUGGCUAUGCAGCUACAACCUAUUGCGCGCAAUAUUCUCGCCCAGUUUGAUGAUCUAUUGUUUGGCAUGCAUCAGCGCGCUGACAAGGGACACCCUAGUCGCCGAAAGGGGAGUGUGUUUAGCUCUCCCAGGCGGUCAGUAACUGGAGAUGAUACAAACAACGAUUCGGAUGGUGAGUCUGGAGAUCAAUACCGCGGCAGAAGUGGGAGGCGAAGCGUGUCUAUCUCAGCGCGUGGAAAAGGAAGAAGCAAAUCUAAAGCUGCCAGCUCGCAGUGGGGGCCAUCAUCGGUCUCACAUUCACGAGUUGGUGACCGAUAUGCAACAGUUUCUCCGUCAAGGAAACGAGUUGCAAAUAGAACUUGGGAAUCAGUCAUGCUCGUCGCAUCCUUAUUAGAUUGGCCGGAGGAGGUGCUCGACAGAGCUAACGAAAGGGUUCAAGAGCUCUUCGGUAAAACCGCCCCUCUUGCUCCAAGGAGGAGAGACCUGAAAGUGCAAUAUCUGGGCAGGGGGCUGGUACUCCCAGUACCGGCAAAUCCGCGUCACAUAGAGCCUUUAAUCCAUAGGUCAGAUCUAGACAAGCACAAGCCGUUGAUACACAGUGGGGAAAAUGCGAUGACGUCGGUUGACCAGUCGCGGUCGUUGUCAAGAUCACGAUCUGCGAUUGGUGUUGACAUACCUGCGACUGAAGACCAGGAUGAGUCUGCUGAUUUGAAGAGAGGACCGAAAGAAGAUGUGGACAAGCACCCAGUCUGCCCAGUUGCAAAAUGUUCACGACAUACAGUACCCUUUUCACGGCCGUGGAAUCUUAAAGAACACAUGAAACGCAAACAUCCUAAAGUCAACCUCUCUCUGCCACAACCGCGACAAGGGGAAAUUAAAGCACCAAAAUGGAAAUCUGAGGAAACAGUAUUAUCUAGUGAUGACCAAGCAGAAUACGAGGUGGCAGAAGAGGAGGAAGUUAAACCAAAAUUUUUCUGCCCAGUCGAAACUUGUAGUAGACAUCGGAAAGGGUUUACGAGAAAAUGGAAUCGCCAGAAACAUAUUAAGAAGCUUCACCCUGAGUUUUGGAGCAAGCAAGUUGAUUCCGAAUGAAAGACUACAUGUACCAUGAAGACCAAAACAUGAAUCCAUAUAUUACCAACGUGUUUGUGCUGUGAUGAGAUGACAUGCUCAAUAUAGCUUCGGAGCUGUCGUUUUCUAUCAGUCACAGCAAUGUAACUAAUUGCUUACAAAUUGUUUGACACAACUUUGAAUACAUCACGUCACGAAGACACUGAUUAUGGCAGUGAGAAUCAAAUCAAG